AUGGCAUCAACAACAACAUCAACUACAACAAAGCUGUCACCAUUUGAAACAUCAAUUAUUGAUCAAGUACGAUUGAAUUUGAUUCAUUAUAAUUAUUGGAAUAACGUCACCAUUCAUAGUCAUGAAGAUUUCGAAUUUUUAUCUGGUUGUCCUCCUGAACCAUUAAUACCUAGUGAUAAUGUUACUGCCACUACAAUUCUCAAAUCAUUAAAUAAUCCCAAUAAAUCAGAAAUACAAACAAAAGAUAACGAUGGAGUAGAUAAUAUUGAUCAAUUAUCAAAAACAGAAACAGAUUUAGACUUGGAAUGGAUAAUACCUCGACGAUUAAUUUAUAAUUCAAGUCAAACACAAGAUCAACUGAAAUUAUCGGUCAAAGAAAUAAAUCAAUGGUUUAAAAUUAUCAAAACAACUAUAGGAUAUCGACCUAAAAGAAUAAUUAUUGCCAUUAUUAAUGAUGAUGGCACUAUUGUUUAUUAUUUUAUUCAUGAUGGAAUUACAAAACCUAGACAAAAUUAA